UGUCAGUAAACGCAGCAAUGCUAUCACGAGGAAUUAGCUUGUAGCUGUUGUGGAACAGCUAACCUGCUACUGACAUGUUUUAAUAGAUAACAACCCCACUAAUUAUGUCGUUUAAACGUGAAGGCGAUGACAAGAGUCAACUGAAUAUUCUAAAGAAACGGCGUGUGGCAGACCUUCUGUCUAAUUUUAUUCCCGAGGAUGAGGCAGCUCUUAUGAAAAAUGGAAGGUAUACCUGCCUUGUGUGCUCUUACCGUCCUGUGUUUGAUACAGUUGACAUGCUGACAGUCCACCGGAAAGGGAAGAGACAUCUACAAGGAUUAAAAGCAUUCUAUGGCAAGAAAGCACAGCUGAGGAAUGAAAUAACCAAAAGGCGACAUGAGAACUACGUCGAGGCUGAAGACAGUCGACAGGAGCCAUCAAGUUCAGCACCUUUACUGGCCCAAACACGGAAGCUCACCCAUCAUGCUUUGCUGAAGACUGUACCAUACAACAGCUGUCACAGGAGAACCAGUACAAAAUCUGAAAAAGGAGCAGCGAGCACCAGCUCAGAUCCCAGUGGCAACAGCUGCAACAAAGUGCCACCUGCAUAUUGUAAAACUGAAGUUUCACACAAUUUAUCUUCACACAGUUCUAGUGACUGUACAACAGCCAGUGAAGAGUCACGUCCAUCAAAAGACACAACAGCAUCUCAGGCUGCAGUGACACAGAAGGAAGAACCGAUGACAGUCGACCGGAAGAGAGAGCUGGAGCACUACCUCAAACUAAAAAGUGAUGGGUGGUUACAGGACCCGAGUGGGCAUUGGAUUAAAGACGAGAAUGUGGAGUUUGAUUCAGACGAGGAAGAGCCUGUAUCACUUGCCGCUCCACCUACAAGUCACUGAGCGGACUGAGAAGUACUGUGUAAAAUCACAGAUAAACUCGUACCACAGUGGUAGGGUUCAGGAACCACGCAGCUGGUGGGACAGCCAGAACCCCCACUUGUGAGGACUUUCGAAAACAGAUUUGUACUAUUCAUCAACCUUUCAUUAAAUUGUAUUGUUUUCCUA